AUGUUCCGUCAAUCCGCCUUCCAAACCUUCUCCAAGGCCGCUCGGGCUACAAACCCCAUAUCGCGUUCAUUCAGCAGCACCGCCAUUCGGGAUCAUGCCCGUCUCACCGUUGUUGGUCGUCUUGGUUCUCAGCCAGAGAUUGCGACGUCGUCAAAUGGACGUGAAUAUGUGAAAUACUCCGUCGGGACCAACCAUGGCCCCCGUGAUAACCAGCAAACUAGCUGGUUUAGAGUGACGAGCUUUGUUCCUGAGGGCCCCGGCAGGGAUCACUUGCUCAAUCUUCCAAAGGGAACUCUAAUGCUGGUUGAAGGAGAUGCUACUAUGCGAGUAUCAGAAGAUAAUGAGGGAAGGAAAACCAGUAUGCUGGGCUUUGUCCAACGCCAUUAUGAAGUUCUCAGCAGACCAUUCAAUCCCAACCGCGAAGAAGAAUCGAAGUAG